AAUGUAAGUUCGGAGAUGACACAUGGUUACCGUGGUAACUUACUGACUAUGAUUACAAGAUACGCACGAUGUGGCAAACGGGCCUGUACACUGGUUAGCUCAUACAGUGUGAAAGACAGAGCACAAACAAACACACCAGUUAUUACGCGGACAUAUUAUACGCCAUUUUGCGAAGGAGAAAGCCAUUCUGGUAGAGAACAUGAACAGUCUUCUAAAAUUUACUGGACUGGAUUCUUAGUUGCUGGUAUUUUAGCAGCCUCUACAGAACCAGAAGAACCCACCAAGUCAGACGACCUCCCACCUGAACUUCUAGAAUACCUGGAUAACCUGUACAACACCCGGCAAUAUGUUGUUCUGAACAACUUUAUGCAGCGUUACACCAACCUGAACAGUGCGGACGUGCUGUGGAGACGCGCCCGCGUGCAAUGGGAGCUGCUCAAACAAGAGGGACAGGACUAUAAUGUGUUAAACCGAAAAGGUCGGGUUUCUCAAAUGCAGGAACUUGAAAACCUGAUCGACCAAGCGCUGGCUUUAGACGAGAAGAACUCCUCAGCACACCUCUGGAAGGCUAUUCUGUCGAACGCUUGCAGCACUUUAGCUGGAUUUAAGAAACAGUUUCAGAACCUGAAAACAAUGGAAUAUCAUCUGAGGCGUGCUAUUAACUUGGAUCCUAAUCAGGCCGCUGCAAAUACUCUGCUAGGCUCUCUGUACAUGAACCUGCUGGACAUGCCGCUGCUCAUAAGAGUUUUCGUUAAUUUGUUUUGGGAAAUGCCAGAAGAGUAUUAUUAUGAAGAUGCCUUAAUGUUGUUCCUGAAAGCUGAGGAAGUCGCUCCGAAGACUUCGAUUGAGAACCUUUUUAUGACCGGCAAAGCUUAUUUCAGGUUGGACCGAACACCGUGUGCGAAACAUUACCUGGAGUUAGCAAUGGCUCAACCUGUUGUUACAAACGAAGAUCAGGCCUUUUUGGAGGAAGCUAAACAGUUCUACAAAACUAACUUUAAGUCAUGAUUAUCAUGAUUCCUUACUAGCUCGUUUAGAUCACGUGACCCUAAAUGUGACCCUAAAUGUCUAAAUGAAUUUGAAGUUUAAGGUACUAAUGUUUAUAUAGUCGGUUGUUUUGUGCUUAAUAUAUUUAUACAGAGUAGGAUUUAAUUUAAUUUAUUCGAUUCAUCCUCUGGAUUUUUUGCUUUUAUGCCAGUUGUGUGAAAUUACUGUUUGAAAUUGGAUGAUAAACCAGAGAAGUAUCGAUCUAGGUUUUAUACAUAAUUGUAUUAUGUGAACGUUAAUCACAUGGCUCGACUUUUUUGCUCAUUGAAAAUAUUUUCGAAUAAACAUACAGGACCAAACAUUUUACUGUAAAUACUC